UUUCAUUUUGAUUACUACGAAAAGCCUAUUUUUAGGCUUUAUUUAUUUUAUCUAGGAUAGGACGAAACGACGAAUCAUUUUCCGCGUACAGUUGGAGAAUCGUGCUGAAAGAUCGAACUGGAUCGAACCAUCGAACUGACGAAACGCCCCUAUUCGUGCACCUAGGCACUGAGCCGCGAUUACAUCGGUUUAUCGACUCGGCUGAUCGCUGACUUGACAACGCUGAGUCUCAUUUGAUCCGGUGAAAAUUCAGAGUAAUCACAUCCCAUAAUCAUGGAUACGCGUGGCAUUGAGGUCACGAAUCAACUUCGAAGUGCCAUUCGUGCGAAGCUUAACGAAUUAGGUGUACGAUACGAUGAGGAACUACCAGAUUACAUAUUGGUGAUGGUUGUCAAUAAAAAAUCCCGUCAACAAAUGCAUGAUGAUCUAAAUUUGUUUCUAGAAGACUGCACAACUAUAUUUGUAGACUGGCUGCACGAUCAAGUGCUGAAGAAAUUGCAGAAAGUCACUGUGGCAAAAAAGAAAUCAUCCCGCGAGUUUGUACCCACGGUAGUAGUGAAGCAGGAGGAGGAAAGGAAGAAACGAAAGAUAUCCGCAACUUCGUUUCUGGAAGAUCAGACGGCAGAACAAUCGGUUGUCGACAAGUCUUUGGAUAAAAAUACAAAGAAUGAUAAACAACAACCUGUGCAAAAGCAACAAACGAUAAAGCCUUGUGUAUCUAAUCAAAACUCGGAACAGAGUUAUAGUAAAAGCGCGGAGAAAAACACAAAGAAUGUGCAAAGUAACAAAAGCAGAACAGAUGAGGGGUCGACACAUAGUAGCGAGUCCUGUCAGGAAUCUGCGUCACAGAAUUUCACGCGUGAUGAAAACGCGACAAGAGAUAAUAUUACGUCGGAAAAUUCUGCCGCAAAGACUGCGGAUACGAUUCGUGAUCAGAAAUCGAACGAAGUGGUGCAGAGUAGUAAAAGCUUGAAGAGAUCACUGGAGACGUCAAGUAGUCAUUAUGACAGCGUCGAAAAAAGAGAUAACGAAGUGAAACGAUCGAAACCUUCCGAGGAAGAGGAGAAGGUGGACGCGACCACAUCGCCUGACACAGUUUCGAAGAAGCUCAAGUCCUGCGUGAACAAACCAAAGAUCACAUCGGUCGUAUCGGUGAAGAAUCGGCUCGGUAUAGCAUCGCCGCGGAAGAAGUUUGAAGUCUACAGAGAAAAGGAAGGUAUCGGUCGCUCUCGACCAUUGGAGAAGCGAUUUGACAAGUCACAUCGUUACGACAACGAUCGUAGCAAGAGCAGAACCUUUGAUACAGAUGAUCGAAAUUCGAGACGUAAUCGCGAUGGCGAGUCCUCGCGUCAUCAUGACCAGGUAAACAGACUCAAUGAUGUGAGAAGUCGAAUAGAGAGUAAUAAGAGUGAGAGACUGAAUAAAAACGCGGCAGAGUCUAGGGAGAGAAUCCUAAAUUCCGGUUCCAAAACGGACAUAUCUACUAAAAAGUCCAUGUGUACCGUUAAAGAUCGCUUAGGCAUCGCGGGUAUCAAUAACAAAACGCAGAAGCAGCCCAUAAAAUCACAAGAGACGAUGGAUUACCGAAACAACUCGAGGAGUUUAGAUCAACUUAGCAACAGUACUAAGAAUAUCAAGGACAGAUUAGGUCCGGUGAGAAAUAAUUUCAGACCAAUGAAAAGACAGUCUCGCGAUAAUGAAGACGAUGGACCCAUGAUGCCUGUAAAUCUUGGUGCCAAAGAAAAAGAGCAAGAACAGGAGGAAGAUGAUGAACUAGAUAAUGAUAAUCAUUCUCUGAGCGGUCCCGUCAAGUCGCGCAUAGUCGCUGUGAACAGAUCUGCAUCCUCCGUCGUCGCAAAAACCGAGAGAAAACGCUCCAAAACCACAAACCAAGCUCCGUUCAAUGCGACUCAACAUUCCGGUUAUGGAAGCGCGAAAUCACAGUCGGAUAAGAUUGGAAAAGAAGCGUCCAGUGAUGUAGAUGACAUAAACAUCGAAGACACAAGGCUGCCAAGUAAAGUGAUUGUUACACCGAGGCCUUUGAAGCCACUACAACCGACGCAAAAACGCGCUACGCAGUCACUUUUGUUGAGAGCAGUCGCGGAAGCGAAUCAAUCGGUCGUCACGCAAAAAAAUCCAGAACCGUCCCUGUUGGACAAGAAGCCGGUCUUAAAGCGUCUUAAGCCUACUCCAGCUCGUGAUGUAAGUCAAAACUUGUCGGUACAUUUUAAUUCUAAUAAGAGACUGGUCAUGGAAAAGAUUCAAGUCGAAUUAAACACGGUAGAUAAUCUGGAUACGGAAGACGUCGAACCUUACGUACCUCAAGCGGUAACGGACGAGCAUAUGGGAGUUGUGAUGUCAUUGUUUCAAAGAAGCGACGAUAAUCAAAAGUUCUUGGUCACUCUGAAUGGAUAUAACAACAAUCUCAUGAAAGAGAAGGUGGGCUCAGAGGAUGACGAGGAGCGACUAGAAAUGGAGGUGAACGAGGACGACGAGUUCGCGCUGUUGACAACGCAUAGUGAGACAUAUGCGGCAACGACGACGACAUCGGCGCCAUCAUCGACGCCAGUUGACUUGGAAGCAGGUGCGUUCAGAAUAACAACGGAUGGAACGGAAGACGACACGGAAGACAUCAGUCCGAAAGAGGCGAGCGGAGAAGAGAACAAUGAAAAUUGCAAUACGGAGAACAUGGAUAAGACUGACGAAGCGCCGCGAAAACGGAGAAAAUUGAGUCCUAUAAUAUACAACAGAUCUCAUUCGCCGAGUCCCACACGAUUGAAAUCUACCGCGUCAUUAUUGCCAACGCUAGUCCCCAAACUUACGGAUAAGAGACCGGAAAGUAUAGGUAUAACUGUAUCAGAUAAAUCUAGAGAAAAUUGUAGAUACUGGCCCAAUUGUACAUUAGGAAACAAAUGCGCAUACUUUCAUCCUCCUGUUAUGUGCAGUGUCUUUCCGGCAUGCAAGUUUGGAGACAAGUGCGCCUACAAGCAUCCUAAGUGCAAGUUUGGUUUAUCUUGCACAAAGUUGGGCUGCAUGUUUUCUCAUCCCUCGCAACAGUGCAAGUACCAUCCGUUUUGCACGAAACCAGCGUGCCCAUACUCUCAUCCAGUUGUUUCCAUUCCGGUAACAGAAGCGACGAAUCAGCGGGCAAAAUUUACUUGGCGGCGGCGAGAUUGAGCGAAUUGUCGUGGAUAUACAAGCUUCUCAUGAGUACGUCAUUCUUUGGGAAACAAUCGAGUUUCAGACUGCAAAAGAUUACUUUGUACAGAUCGAUGAUAAAACGUACCUCACGCAAAUUUCAAAUAAUGCUAAUGUGAGAUUAUCACAGCAAAAUUGACUUUGCUAUUGAAGAAUAUAUCUGAAAAAAAAAUGAAGCUUUAGUCAUGAUUUAUUACAUCGGAUCAUAGUUCUUGCUUUCUUCUAAUAAUUGUAUUUAGUGCACUAGAGAAGAAUCUUAAAUCUUUAAAUAAAAUAAAUCGUUUAAUUUGAAUUGAACCAGAUUAAAAUGUUAAAGCUUUAAUUUGUAAUGUAAUAUGAUACAUUAAGUCGUUGACUUCUCUCUUGUUUAUUUAUUUAAUAAGCUCGCGCGUGCAUUGUCAAUCCGUGCUGGACGAUCUGCUGCCAUUUUUAGAUUAUAGUUUUAUGUAUGCGCGAAAAGAAGGAUGUAGAUUAGUUUUAAACACGGUUAGCCGUGCGAUGUCGAUUCUAUUAGCCUUGGGAUGAUUCUAAGACUUCUCUUAUAAUAGAUAAGUGGCAUCUCGCCGCAAUAAUCUCAUUUAUUACAUGUAUCAUAUAGCGAACAACGCAACAUUACGUGAAUAUGCUCGAGAAUGUGUCGCCAAUUGUGCGCUUCUAAGUAUAUUGUCAGUAUGUAUACACACAUGUACCACAAUAAAAUCUGAAGAUAGAAAAUGUGGGAAAGAUACACAAUGUUUUAGGAACAAAACUAUAAUUUACGAAAAUAAUCGAGUAUUUGCUUCUGAUAAUGAUACAUUUAGAUCUUAUGCUCGACAGUUCGCUAACACUAUGUUUUUCUCACAUACCUCAUAUCUUCAAAUUGUAUUUUAUACACACAUAU